AUGGCACCCGAGACGGACGUGCUGAUCGUUGGUGGAGGCCCUACGGGUCUUGCCCUCGCCAUUUCGCUCCACAAACAAGGGGUCAAGUUUCGCAUCGUGGAUUCAGAGAGUGGCCCUGCACAGCACUCCCGUGCUCUGGCCGUUCAUGCCCGUAUCCUGGAGUUGUAUCGGCAACUCGACUUGGCUGAUGAUCUUCUUGGACUCGGAUACAAGCUUCCCGCGACCAACAUCUGGGUCGAGGGAAAGCAUCGCGCGCAUAUUUCCCUGCGGGAUUUUGGCGAAGGGUUGACACCAUAUCCCUAUAUACUUAUUGUUCCACAAGAUGCACACGAGAGGGUACUUGAAAGGAAGCUAAAGACUCAUGGCAUUUUCGUGGAACGACGCACGAAGCUUGAGGGUUUUGUGGACAGCGGGUCGAGCAUCACCGCAAAACUUGUUCGCCAGGAUGAUGGGACUGAAAUUACCUGCGAAGCUUCAUACAUCGUUGGCUGUGAUGGCGCCCACUCGGUUGUGCGACAUCAGAUCGGCGCCAAGUACGAGGGCGGUACAUAUGUGCCGCUUUUCUACAUCGCUGAUGUCGAGGCCGAAGAACAAGACAGUCCUCUCUUCAACGGUGAAGCGCACGUAACCUUUGUUGAGGACACCUUCAACCUCAUCCUUCCUUAUGCCCAAGAACGACGUGUACGAUUGAUCGGUAUCACAAUUCCGAAAACCAACGAGACUCGCCAAGACCACAAGUUGCCCGAAUCCCAUCCAGAAGUCACUUUUGAAGACGUGCUUCCAGACAUCAAAAGGGUCUCCGGGAUCGAAAUCAAAAAGGUCAAUUGGUUCUCCCCGUACCGUAGCCACCACCGAGUGGCUUCAACCUUCCAUAAGAACCGAGCAUUCCUCGUCGGCGACGCUGCCCACAUCCACAGUCCCGUGGGCGGCCAAGGCAUGAACACCGGUAUCAUGGACGUCUUCAAUCUCGCAUGGAAACUAGCCACCGUAAUCACGCAGAACUUGAUGACAGAGGAAGCCAAAACCCGACUUUUGGAUUCCUACGAAACUGAACGGCGCUCGUUUGCGCUGAGCGUCAGCGGCGCAACUGACCGUGGCUUCACUCUCCUGACAACCCCCGGAUUCCUGUCACACAUGCUCCGAGCCUGGAUUAUCCCUUAUAUGGCUCCACUUGUCACCCGGUUUCAGUACAUGCGGAUGGGGGUCUUCCGACGCGCUUCUCAGCUCAUUUGCAGCUACCGCGACAGCCCUCUCAAUCACGAAUCAGGGGAAUCGGAGACAGUGCAGCCUGGUGACCGCGUGCCGUGGGCCAAAACUGACUCUGCUGACAACUUUGAAACGUUACAAUAUCUUUGCUGGCAGCUCCAUGUAUACGGCGAGCCAUGGCCCAACCUGUCGGAAUGGUGUCAAAAAAUGAACAUCAGGCUCACUGUCUUCCCGUGGGACAAGAAAUACGGCGAGGUCGGUUUAAAGAAGGAUGCUGCGUACUUGAUACGACCGGACCACUACAUUGCUGGUAUCUUCAAGGGGGAAUCUAUCUUGUUGAAACUGGAUGGGUAUUUCAGUACUCAUGGUUUGACGUGCGCGCGUCCCCUGAGUCACUAG